UCUCCGGAGUUAUGGCUGCGAAGAGCUUCGCUUCCCGCCUCAGGGGCUCGCGGCGGUUUCUGAAUGGCUUUCUGGCCGGGGCUGUGGUGGGCGCCGCGGGAGCUGGGCUGACGGCGCUGCAGUUCCUCCGGAGCCGGGACGCGGGAUCCCCGCACGAAUCUGCAGAAAAAAUAGUCUUGGAACAGUUUGGAUUUCCUUUAACUGGAACAGAGACCAGGCGUUACACUAAUCAUGCCUUGUCUUAUGACCAGGCAAAACGGGUGCCCAGAUGGGUCCUUGAACAUAUAUCCAAGGACAAGAUCAUAGGUGACGCAGACAGAAAACAUUGUAAAUUCAAGCCUGAUCCCAGUGUCCCUUCAACCUUCAGUGCCCUCAAUGAGGACUAUGUUGGAAGUGGCUGGUCACGAGGACACAUGGCCCCAGCAGGAAAUAACAAGUUUUCCAGUAAAGCCAUGGCAGAAACCUUUUACCUUUCUAACAUUGUGCCUCAGAAUUUCGACAAUAACUCUGGCUAUUGGAAUAGAAUAGAAAUGUAUUGUCGUGAGCUGACGGAGAGAUUUGAAGAUGUUUGGAUAGUAUCAGGACCGCUAACCUUACCUCAUACUAGAAGUGAUGGAAAGAAAACAGUUAGUUACCAGGUGAUCGGUGAGGACAACGUGGCAGUCCCCUCACACCUUUACAAGGUGAUUCUGGCUCGCAGAAGCCCAGAAUCUACUGAACCACUGGCACUGGGAGCCUUUGUGGUGCCAAACACAGCCAUUGGGUUCCAGUCCCAGUUAACUGAGUUCCAGGUGAGCCUCCAGGACCUAGAGAAGAUGUCAGGUCUGGUGUUUUUCCCCCGUUUGGACAGAACCAGCAACAUCCGGAAUAUUUGCUCUGUGGACACCUGUAAGCUCCUAGGUUUCCAGGAGUUCACUCUGUACCUGAGCACCAGGAAGAUCGACGGAGCCCGUUCUGUGGCCAGACUGGAGAAGGUCCUGGAAACUUUGAAGAGCUCGGGGGUGGAACCUGACGAUUACUUCCUGAGUCGCUAUGGGAAGAAGCUAGAGGAACUGAAAGCUAAGGAGCAGGCAGACACACAGCUGGGAAAGCUGUCCUAGUGCGGGCGGGCGUGAGCUGUCACCCGUAGUGAAGGCGCAGGCACGCCUCUCCAGGAGGUUGUAUCUUAGCAGAUUGGUUUUCUUUUUUUGUUUUUGGUUUUUUUGAGACAGGGUUUCUCUGUGUAGUUUUGGUGUCUGUCCUGGAUCUCCCUCUGGCUGGCCUUGAACUCACAGAGAUCCACCUGGCUCUGCCUCCUGAGUGCUGGGAUCAAAGGCGUGCACCACCACCGGCCCGGCUACAGAUUUUCAAGAAAUGAUGGAAUCCUGACUAAAAAUCCCUCCAGAGACUCACUAGCUCAAAACUCAGUGUUGUUUUCUUUCACUAGGAUCUGCAGUGGUGGAGGUGGUUCUUA